GCUCCAUGUAUAAUCUUCUCGAUAUUAUUCUUGUUUUCCUCUGCACGGCAAAUAUAUAUAAAUAUAAAUAUAAAUAUAUAUAGUCAUAGGGUAGCUAGUGUGUUAAUACAUUAAUUGAGCAGCAUGGAAGGAGAAAGAAGGAAGAGAAAAAUAUUAGAAGAUGAAGAAGAAAAUGAUGAGCAGAAAAUGGAAAAGUUCUUUGCCUUGAUAAAGAGCACAAGAGAUAUCCUCUCUAACUCUAAGGAGAAAACAGAUAAGAAGCUAGAUGAUGAUAAAAAGGAAAAGGGUAUUUGGAAUCCAACUUUUCAACUUGAAGAUUUCAUUGGUUGUGGAGAAUUAAUGGGAAAGAGUAAUGUUUCAGUUACUCAUCAUAAUCAUGAUGCUGCAGGUCCUCCUUCAGAGAAAGGAAAAGAGGUUGUGAUGAUAGAGAAAGAAUCUGUGGAAGAACAAGUUGCAAUUACUACAGAAGAUGCAACAGCUGAACAAAAUCAAGAGGAAGAGAAAGAGAAAGCAAGUGAUCUUCGUUUGGACUUAAAUCUUUCUUUGUAAUAUGAUGGAUUUGGCUAUGACCAUGACAAAUUUUCUGACCUUAUAUUUAAUUGUCUUAGUAAUCCUCUGUUGUUAGUUUCAAUUUUUAUUGCUACUUCAUGAUUGAUUGGUCAUUUUGUUGGUCUACAUUGUAAAAAGAGCCAUCAAGCUUCUUAUUAUGUUGUGGUCAUAGCUUGUUAAUCUGGAUUUCAACUGUCUUAUGUUAAUUUUUUA